GAGGCCGGAAACCUAAAGCAGGAGAGCCCACUGAAACUGGACGUCUCCUGUGCCACGAAUACCAGGGGAAGCGAGGACAGCGGGAACACAACGGUAACUGUGUUUUAUCACAGAGCGACUUCGUCGGAGCACGUCACGGACACUCAGGAAAGCAACGACAAAGACAGACUGACGCAGAUACCAAUAUAAGUGACACCAUUUGCAAAGGACCAGGAAAAAUAUGCAAAGAAGCAAUGUUACACCACACAGUUUCGCUUUUAAUGGUUUUGGUGUCAGUGGAUCAUGUAUCCUUUGCUAAGCGUUCAUCCCUUUCCCUUUUUGAAGCUGAUUAUUCUUCAAUAACAGUAAAUGAGAAUCACACCGUCACAGAAGCCAUAAAGGAUGUUAAGAGGACUCAAGCCCUCACCAUGACAAACUUUGAUCAUUUGGACAAAUUAAGGAAGAGGUCCGCAUAUGUUGCAAGGAGCUGUAAAGAGAUCAAGGACAGAUAUAAUGAACAAGAAGAUGGGUUGUACUACCUGACCACUGCUAAUGGCAUGGUCUAUCAGACCUUCUGUGAUAUGACCACUGCGGGAGGCGGCUGGACGCUGGUGGCGAGCGUCCAUGAGAACAGUGUUUACGGAAGGUGCACAGUGGGCGAUCGCUGGUCCAGCCAGCAGGGCAACAAUGCUGAACUUCCAGAUGGAGACGGUAACUGGUCCAACAGAAACACCUUUGGAGCAGCAGAGGGCGCCACCUCGGAUGAUUUUAAGAAUCCAGGUUACUAUGAUAUAGUGGCAGAGGACAUGUCUGUGUGGCACGUUCCCAACAACUUUCAACUGGAGCACUGGAAGCUGUCAGCCAUCCUCCGCUACCACACUGACAACCGCUUCCUCCGCCUGUAUGGAAGGAACCUCUUUCAGCUCUUCAAGCAAUAUCCAGUGAGAUACAACGUUGGCUCCUGCAGCAACAGAGGGCCAGCUAUUCCCAUUGUGUACGACCACGGAGACAGAGAGUCGACCAGAAUGUUAUAUGGACCCAAUCCUAGAGGGGAGUUUGAAGCAGGUUUCAUCACAUUUAGAGCAAUAAACAAUGAACGUGCAGCCAUGGCUAUCUGCUCCGGGGUCAAGCCGAUCACUGGAUGCAACACUGAACACUACUGUAUAGGAGGAGGUGGAUAUUUCCACCCUGACCAGUGUGGGGACUUCCCAUCAUUUGACUGGGACAGACUGGGAAGGGAGCAAGGCUGGAGUGCUUCCAAAGAGAUGACUGAGUCUGCUGUUUUACUGUUCUACCGCUAAGAGGGUUAUUUGUAGCCUACAUGUAGUUUAUGAUGUAUUAAACAUUUGAGUAUUAUGACAUGUCAGUCUAGUCAACCAUCACAGUUGUAGCCAAAUAGAUUUCAGUUCAGGUAAAGUCAGGUUAAUUUGUAAAGCUCCUAAUCACAUUGUAUCUAAAUUUACAUGGCAGGAACCUUGGGUUUCUGCUUGUGUUGUUGUUCAUAAAGAAGAUCUAAUAUCACAGUAAACAGUCUUUUGUAAUUAAGUCAUACACCAGCAGAUGGCGGUAUUAAACUGCAUAUUAAAAU